CCCAGCACCAACUCUGCUUCUUCACAAUCCCGCAAAGCCUCAAUACACAAACCUCACCAUACACCUCUGCCUUUGCAGAUUGCGGAUUGCGGAUUGCGGAUUUUCUGCAAUGGCUAAUAUAUCUCCCCCUCCAAGCGCUACUGUAUAUGUCCGCAACCUAGAAGAACAUAUCAAGGUUGAUCAACUGAAAGAAGCGCUCACGGAGCUGUUCUCGGAAUAUGGCGAAAUUAUAGAUAUCGUCGCGAAGACAAAUUUAAAGGCAAAGGGCCAGGCUUUCGUCGUAUUUGACACUGUCGAAUCUGCCCAAAAGGCUAUCGAUGAAGUCCAAGGCUUCGAGCUUUUUGAAAAACCGAUGCAGCUCGCGUUUGCAAAAACAAGGAGUGAUGCCACGGUUAAGAGGAUCGGCGACGAAGAAGAAUACGAAUCUCACAAGAGGAAACGCCUCGCAGAGAAGGAUAAGAAGAAGUCCGCGGAGGCUGCCGAAGAAGCCAAGAAGCUGAAGAUCGCAGCGGCAGCUGCUGGAAAUGCUGCAGAUAUGACUUCUCGACCUAUCAAAGCAACAAGAGGCGCUGGCUUACGUUCCUCAAAUGCGGCCACCAGUGCAGUGGUUCCGGAUGAAUAUCUUCCUCCGAAUAAGAUCCUCUUCGUACAGAACGUUCCAGAUGAGUACGAUAUUGAUGCUUUAACCAGCAUCUUUGGAAGAUUUGAAGGAUUUCGGGAAGUUCGUUUGGUCCCAGGUCGCCGUGGUAUUGCUUUCGUCGAAUAUGAGGCCGAGGCUGGUGCUAUAAGUGCGAAGGAAAACACAGCAGGUGUGGCCCUGGGGGAAGCUGGCCAGGCCAUAAAGGUCACUUAUCAGAGGCAGUGAAUUUUUUUGUUUCUGAAUAUAAAAUUGAUCUAUGAACAACACAAAUAAGCUUAUAAUGUGUGCCUUUAGGCGCAAGCUUGCCAUAUGACAGGGAUUGCCAUCCAUAAC